ACCAGUUGUGUAGGCAGGUAAAAUUCGUCGCUUUGCUAAAUUUAAUUUAUUUUCUUUGGUGAUUAUCAAUGUGAUAAUGUUAAUAAAAUAUUUAGAAUAUUGGCUGUAAAAUAUUCUAUCGUAGUAUGAUGAUAACAGAUAAUUUUUAAUGAAAUAUUAAAAGUAAUCUGACCUCUGUAAUGAUUACGGAAAUGAUUUGUACGCGGGGAAAUGGAGCGACAACAUUGUAAUUUACUUCAAAACUUUGAUGAACCAAAAAGUGAAAUAUUGAAAAAAAGGUUGCUGAAGGCUACGAAUACUUCCUCCAGUGUUCAUAAUUCUCUAAAUAAUUCGCACAAUGUGCUGCUAAACACACUGCGUGCGCCAAUCUCAAACAGUAUGAUCGUUACCUCGGUGCAGGCGCCGCAAAGCUCCAUGCCCAUUACUCACAAUUUAGUAACUCAUUCUUUAGCCCCUGUAAAAAUUCAUACAAACAACUCCCCUUAUCCUCUUCAACUAUCAACAGUUCAUGUUCCAGUCCAAAUACCUGGCUCUACUUCGAACAUUAACGUUCCUGUUCAAUUAUCAGGUGCCACCAGCAGUGUUCCGCUUCAGAUAGCACCAGUUAGUCUCCCUAUACAAGUAUCGGGGACUACAAAUGUACCUGUGCAACUUCCAGCGGGUGAAACUAUUAACGUACCACUUCAAAUACCAGCUGGAAAUCAAAAUAUCCAACUUGCGGGACCAGCUUUGCCUUCUAUGCCUAUUCUUCAAAGCACUGGUACAACACUACAUAACUCGAUUAUACACUUACACAUGGGAUCAAAUCCAAGAACAACAAACCUUGAUGCUGGGUCUGAAUUGCAAAACAAUCAAAUGCAGAUACAAGAGACAAGCGUGCAAGUCAAGAUGAAUAAUCCAACAUCAGUUUCUCAAGCACAAAUAAGUUCAAAUUCAACUAUAGUGCAAAUACCAAACUCCUCAAGUAAUUCCAUACAGUUGGCUCUUCCAAGUUCUGUAAAUUCGGGACCUGUACAACUAAGGGGUGCCACAAGGACUGUUCCACAUGUUGUCUAUAUACAGACACCGACUGGUCUCAAACCUAUGACUAGUACUGAAGUUAUUAGUCAAGCCAGCACCAGUGGAAAUCCUCCACAGAUUAUUGUAAGAAGACCGGUAACAAGUAAUUCCAAUAUACACUUGAUUUCAAAUGUUGGUAAUAAGCCGAAUAUUGCACCCAAAUUACCUGUUCAAAAAGGUGGGUCUAUACUUGCUCCAGCUAAUGCAGCACAACCCAUUGUAAUUCAAAAACCCAAAGGCAAUGAAAAAGUUAUGGUUCCUGUUAGUAUUGCUCCAGCAUCACAAGGCAAGCAAGCUAUUGCAUACCUCGGUUCAGUUAAAAAGCCCACCAAGAAUCUAACAGAAAAUCAGUCAAUAUUGAUAUCAAGUAAUCAAGGAAGUGUGAACUCCAAUAAUCAAAAACUUUUCAUUACUCCAAUGAACAUCCCCAAAAUACAAAACACCAAGUUUAUUUUACCAGUCACCUUGCCUGCUACAAUGUCCACAAAGGGUCCAGUAAUUAAUCUGCAAAUAGCAAAUGGUCAGAUUCAGAAUGAUCCUCAAGGCAAUAUAACAGUCAUGCGAGACCCGCUGAAUGAAACAUCUGAAAUGCCACCAUUACAACCGUUGGGUAAAAUAUUAUCUAUCAAUGGCAAAGAUACCACAGUACCUCAAAGCCCAAAAUCAGAAAAAGGGUUUACAAUUAGUAUAUCUGGAUCUAGAGCAGAACCAACUGGUGAACAAGGCGAGUAUACCUUAUCGAUACCGGAGACAAAUGCAUCCAUGAAUGAUGACAUUUAUACUGUUUCAAUAGCAGAUGACGAAGGUGGCCAGACUAGAGAAAAAUCCUUUACAUUAGCUAUUCCCGAAAAGAGCAAAAGCCUAUUAAAUAAGAAUGUCAUCGAUAGAAAUGAUUUGGUAACAGCCACAAUAGCAGCUCCAGCUAUAUUACGUCGUUCUAACUCUGACACUGGUGAAAGAAAAACCAGUAAUAGUAACAUCAAGAGACGGAUAUCUUUAUGUACAGAAAAUUUAAACAACAAAAAUUUAAAAUUAGCUGGCCCAAUUCCACAUUCAUUUAACAAACUAAACAAUCAGCAAGAAAUAGAGGUAAAUGAUGAUCAUCGUGUCCCUUCUUUGUUCUGCGAUGAGAAACUGGAUAAGGAUAAAGAUUCAGAUAAUGAAGAAUAUAAGGAAAAAUCUGAGCCAAAGAUGUCUAAUUCUGAUGACAUCACAUACAUCACUUGUAAACGAGAGGAAACAACCACUGAAGAAAAUCCACCGGGACUAGUUUGGAAUAAAGGUGUCGCAAAGCUACGUGGAAGUGAGCUUAAUUUUAAAAGUAAUGAAUUUGGCCUUAUUGAAGUCCUUGAGGAUAACUUGGAAGGUGCUUCAACUUUAAAGUAUCAUACUCCUCUAAAACAAAGGAUAGAAAAGAAGAAAAUGGCAUCUCCCGAAGAAUUCAUUACUUGUUUUGGUUGUGGGAUUCACGGUAUGGCUGCCGAGUUCAUUAACGAAAGCUUCUGCAGCGAAAGUUGUCAAACAGAACAUGAAAAGUCGGUUAUAAAAAAACGGGAGAAGGAAAGAGCUGAUCAAGCAAAAAAGAGAAACAAAAUGAAAAAACUGUUAAUUAGGAAACAAAAUUCCGACUCGGAUCUAGUGAACGAAAAGAACGAAACACCUCUGGGGCAAAGGGAUUCAUUGCCAGAGACUCAAAUAUCUGAGGUUUUACUGAUGAAAAUGAACGAAGACUCGAUGGAAAACGAGAAGUAUCCAUGGAUGUGUGGGAAAAACGGAUUUUCUUGGAUGCGCUACUUGGACGUGUGUAAGGCAAAGGCGGCACCGGUGAAACUGUUCAAGGAUCCGUUUCCGUAUAAUAAGAACGGGUUUCGAGUGGGGAUGCGGCUGGAGGCGAUAGAUCCGCAGCACCAGUCGCAGUUCUGCGUCGUUUCGGUGGCGGAGGUACAAGGUUAUCGCAUGAGGCUUCACUUCGACGAUUAUCCAGACGUGUACGACUUCUGGGUGAACGUGGACUCGAUAGACAUUUUCCCGGUGGGAUGGUGCGAGAAGAACGGCCGGUCCCUGAAGCCUCCCUCCGGACACUCCGCCGCCACUUUUUCGUGGCCGCUCUACCUCAAACAAGUGCGUGCUAUCGCUGCUCCUAAACAGAUCUUUGGGCAUCUCUCCACUGCCACGGUGGUAAAGCCGCACAGUUUCCGUAUCGGCAUGAAGUUGGAAGCAGAAGACCGCCACAAUGACAUGGUGUGUGCGGCGACAGUAUCCGACGUUUUGGACGGACGACUUCUAGUACAUUACGACAGCUGGGACUCCGUGUACGAUUGUUGGUUAGACCCAGCAUCUCCUUACAUACACCCUAUCGGGUGGGCCCAAGACAAUGGCCACGCGCUCACUCCACCUAAUUACGUAUGUUUAGAUUACAAAGAAACUGAUUUCUCAUGGGAGACCUACCUUUCGGACACGAUGUCCAUAGCGGCGCCGCCCCGAGCCUUCAAGCCUCGUCCGCCCGCUGGCUUCAAGCCUGGCAUGAAGUUAGAGGUCGUCGACAAGAGGGUGCCAUUUCUAAUUCGUGUGGCAACAAUAAGUGCGGUGAGGGGUCAUCAAGUGCGCGUGUCUUACGAUGGGUGGCCGGACACGCUCUCCCAUUGGCUGGACGACGACUCACCUGACAUACAUCCCGUGGGAUGGUGUCUCAAGACUGGGCAUCCUCUGGAACCACCUCUCACUGCCGAAGAGUUCCGCGUGAGCGGGCCUUGCGGCGUGGGCGGAUGUCGCGGCCUGGGCUCGGUUAGGGGCGGAGCGCACAAACAACACGCCGCAGCCUCCGCUUGCCCAUACCGGAACCCGGAAGCCGUGCUGCCAGACCGCAGAUCCCAAACGAAAUCAGUUAAAUCGUCCCAAUCACUGACCCCGACUAGUGAUACUACAAAAGAAAAACCGGGCCGCGGCCGACCUCCGAAACAUAAAAGAGUCGACGAAGUCACCAAAACUGAGCCGGUGUCCGACGAUGAGUCGCUGUCCAGCAGCGGGGGGAAGAGAUGGCGCGGGGCGUCGGUCGGGCCGGAGACGACCGCGAAACAGCCCACACCGUCGCCGCCCGCGCCCCCCAUACAGGCGACGCACGACCAGCCUCCAGUUGUCAUACUGCCGUCCACUCCGAGAUCUCUCAUCGCCUAUCACCUAGCCGAACUAGCCCUAUGUCCCGAUCCUACUACGUGGACACAGAAAGAGGUAUCGGCACUAGUGUCGCGAGUGGCGGGAACGACAGCCGGUGCGGCGGCGGCGGCGGCGCGCCUCUCGGGCGCCGAACUCUUGAUGGCCUCCUGCGAGGAACUCGUGCAUUGCCUUCGGCUUAGACUGGGGCCCGCCGUCAAGGUGUACGCGGCGGUGCGGCAUUUGCGCGAGCGGCUUUCGUGAUUGCGACAUCUCGCGCACUCACGCGCCAUGUCGAUCAUCAUGUGAUCAUUAGUGAAGUGAUAUAUUGUGCAACGUUUGUGUUAGAUAGUGUUAUUUCAAACUGUUUUAUGGAUGAAUUUGUAAUUGAUUACCAAUGUUCGGACUGGUGUAUUCAUUUGACUCUGUUUUGUGAAUUCAGUGUUAUUGACUCGUAGACAAUUUAUGUUUAAACAAAUUUGUUAUACGAUAUGGAAACUGGAUAAUGGCAUGUAAACUAGUCAAUUUUAGUUGCUUUUGGCAAGAUAACUUAGCUCAUUCUACGGACAUUUUAACUAUAGUUUCGAUGUUGCCAACUUUUAUGCGACUUGUGUAUUCUACUAAAGGGCAAUGUUACCCUUUACAUUUAAGUACAAAUUGUGUGGAAUGUCUUACUGUUAAUACGAGGUUGUGAUGAAUGAAUCACUAUUUUACAUGUGGACUCAUUGGACUCAUUAAAAUUACGUCAGAGUUUCUUAUCGCUUUUGCGGAACAAAAUCAUUUGUCAAAAAAAAUUAAGGAUAAGGUAAUCACUAAACCUUAGUCGGCCGUGCACUGCAUUCUUUGGUGUUACAUUUACGUUGACCUCAUAUUGACAACAAUAAAUAAUUAUGAAUUAUAUUUUUAUGACUGUUCAGUACGCCUUUUCACAAACAGUUAUUCCUUGUUAUCAAGCUACAUUUAACUUUCUGAAUCAUUUCGAAUUCCUAAUUAAUAUACAUUUAAAAAUCUCAAAUAAAUGUUGUUAAACCAAAGAAUUGUAACUAAUAUUCAAAAUCAAAAAUGUAUAUAUUAUGUUGUAUAUAAAUGUAUUAUAUUUGAUAAUAUACUGUAUAUAGUUUUUAUACAUGUAAUGUAGUGCAAUUUUAAUGAUUUAGAUGAACAACUCUGCAACAAGCAUGUUUUGUAAGAAGAAAAUAUUUAGUUUCCUAAAAUUAUUUUUGAGGUAUUAAUAAUCAUAUUUUGUUAAAUUAAAAAGAAAUUAAUUUAUAUAUUUACAAUGCCAUCAAUUAAAUGUAUGAGGCUGAAGUUCACCCACUGUUAACUGAUAAUUUUUUGGGUUGCAGUUGUUUUGCAAAUAAAUAUAAUGAAAUGUUAAAAUGUUGGUAAAGUUCAGCCUAAAUUUUGUUGUAGCUAAAAAAUUUAUGUUUUAUUUGAAAUAUAAUCAUAUGUAUUCAUUAAGAGGUCUUAUUUUAAUUUUAAUGUAAAUGAGAAAGGCUAUUUUUAUUAAUCAAUGUGACAAAAGUACCUAUUUCUAUGUAAAUAGUUAUUAUCAGAGAUCAUGUACAGUUUGGUUACACUAUUAUGUAAGUUUUUACCUUUUUAGUGUUA